UCGAGGUAGUAGCUAAGCGGAUUCAGCGUCUCGGUAACUAGCUGGCUAACAUUAGCCGUCCAGCUAGGUAGCAAACUCCCAGCAACCUAAACCUGCGGUUCGCAGAAAGAUAAACUACAUCUUGCAAGAUUUUCAAACCUUCUUGGUGCUGAGUACCUAAACGUACGAUCGAGGUCCAGCUAGCUAGCAAGCUAACUGCUUGACAGAACAUGCCCGAAGUCAAGUCAAUGUUCAGAGAAGUUCUUCCCAAACAAGGGCAGCUGUCCAUGGAGGACGUGCCCACCAUGGUCCUCUGCAAGCCGAAGUUACUGCCUCUGAAGUCCGUCACGCUGGAGAAGCUGGAGAAGAUGCAGCAGGAGGCGCAGGAGGCCAUCCGGCAGCAGGAACUGGCGCAGAGAGAGAAGCAGGAGUCCACAGCAGGGUGACUGGCGUGGCCAUGGCUCCUGCGUGACAGACGAUGGAAGCACACACUCCCCACAAUCACAACCUAAUAUUCUAACAUAUCACAGUAGUUUGUGUUAACUACGAAAGGUGCGACCGCCUGGUCUGUGCGAGCAUACAGUAGCCAUCAGGUUGAGCAUGUCGUGGUCUGUAGCUGUAGUCUUGAAUGUACAUUUUGUUCUUUAUUUUAUUACUAUAAUUUAGGUAAUCUGUAAGUGAUGUUGGUAUUGGCAGUAACCAAAGGUCAACAGAAUCAGUUUCCUCCUGGACAGGUCCAAAAUUAUAUCCGAGACAUAGCUUUGUCACUCCCAGCCCUGUUUAGCUGGAUUCAAAAAUAUACAAACAGUACAGUUUGCAGCACACCUCAUCACAUUAUUUGAAAUACUGUGAGAUUAAGGCAUCUUUAAUAUUUCCUUUGUACAGUGACAUUUUUGGGACAUGUAUUUUAAUGAUUAAAGCAGU